CCAUUGUACAAGAAGAAAGAAAUAACCGACAAUAACCCAUGCAAAAUUGAAAUUCCAACUGCCACUUCACCGCCCAAUACGACAUUGUCGUUUCAAUUCCUUCUUUGUCUCUCUCCCACACACCAUCAUCAGCGUUUCCUUUAACGUAUGUAGCUAUAGAUCUUUCCCUUGCUUUUCUUCUCAUUUGCCAAAUUCUUCUCUGAAAAUCAAUUUAGUAAAUAAAUAAUAAUAUUAAUAAACAAGGAGAGCUGGAUCCAUCACAGGAGCCAGCGCAGUCCUUGAAGGCAACCGCCGCAGCCAACGGCCAGAUCCGUUAUCGCACCCCUUCCUCCGCCGAACUACUCGAGACCGGUGCUUCCUCUGGCAUCAUCACUACUGCCUCUUCCACUUCUCCCACCCAUUCUGACCACCUCCACCAAUUACCGUCCGAGAAGAUGAAGCGCCCGGUGCCGCGGCAUGAGUCUUUUUCCGAUAAGAUCCAAAGGUACCGAGGUGUUCUCUUUGUCAUUUCGAUCCCGCUCCUCUUGAUCGCAUUCGUCUUGUUUGUGAUGCCAAGUCUUUCCCCGGCGGACGUCUUGGAUGAGUACGAGCUUAAUAGCCGUAAGAUGUCGCCGAAUUUGAAGGAUGCCAAAAGAUAUGCGGUUAUUUUUGAUGCGGGAAGCUCAGGGAGUAGAGUGCAUGUCUAUUGUUUUGAUCGAAAUAUGGAUCUUGUUCCCAUUGGGAAGGAUCUCGAGCUUUUUGUCCAGAUUAAACCAGGUUUGAGUGCAUAUGCAAGUGACCCACAGGCUGCAGCAAAUUCUCUCCAUUCCUUGCUUGAUAAAGCAGAAAGUGUAGUGCCCAAAGAGCUGCGAUCGAAAACACCUGUCAGGGUUGGGGCUACUGCAGGCUUGAGGGCGUUGGGACGUGAGGCAUCUGAUAGAAUUUUGGAUGCGGUUAGGGAUCUUAUGAAAGACAGGAGUACCCUGAAAUCUGAGGCAGAUGGAGUAACUGUUCUGGAUGGUUCUCAAGAAGGUUCUUAUGAAUGGGUGACAAUAAAUUACCUUUUAGGAAAAUUGAGUGGACCGUAUUCUGAUACAGUUGGAGUGGUUGAUCUUGGUGGUGGAUCUGUUCAAAUGGCAUAUGCUGUCUCGAAGAUGGAUGCUGAAAAGGCUCCAAGGGUAUCAGAUGGAGAGGAUUCAUAUAUAAAAGAAAUGCGUCUGAUGGGUACUGACUACUACCUCUAUGUUCACAGUUACCUUCACUAUGGUUUAUUAGCAGCUCGAGCAGAGAUUUUGAAGUUUUCUGAAGACUCUGAUAAUGCAUGUAUCUUGGCUGGUUAUGAUGGGGUUUACAAAUAUGGAGGAGUGGAGUAUAAAACAUCAGCUGCUUCUUCUGGUUCAAGCUUUGAAGGAUGCAGGAGUCUUGCUUUGAAGGCUCUAAAAGUUAAUGAAUCAGCAUGCACGCACAUGAAAUGCACAUUUGGUGGAGUAUGGAAUGGUGGAGGUGGGGAUGGACAAAAAAAUUUGUUUGUUGCUUCAUUUUUUUUCGACAGGGCUGCUGAGGCUGGUUUUAUUGAUCCUGCUCUACCUGUUGCCAAAGUUCAUCCUGUGGAUUUUGAGGACGCAGCUAAGCGUACUUGUGAAACUAAACUUGAGGAUGCCAAUUCUUUAUAUCAACGUGUUGAGGAGGGUAACCUGCCGUUCUUAUGCAUGGAUCUUGUCUACCAGUAUACAUUGCUUGUAGAUGGAUUUGCUCUUGAACCUUGGCAAGAAAUUACAUUGGUGAAGAAGGUCAAGUACAGGGAAUCCCUUGUUGAAGCUGCAUGGCCACUGGGCAGUGCUAUAGAGGCUCUGUCAUAAUCACCAUGGCUCUAAAUUAUUACAUCUGCUUAAUCGGCAAAUGGAAAUUCGUGGGAUUGGCACUUGGGUGCAGUUUGUGGCAGAUCUGCAGAGUUUGUUCGAUAAGUCGCUGGCACGUGAAAUGGAAAUUGGAUUUUGGCCUAUAUCACAGAAAUAAUGAGAAAGGAGUAGCUCCAUUUAUCAUCAUUUGUAAUUACGUUACAAAAUGUUCUGAUUUAUGAUUUUUGAGAUAAUGAUUCAAUUCAAUUAGUUCAUUUUA